AUGGGGUUCGACAAGUUCGCCACGAAAAAGCGCCGUCGCGAACCGUACAAUGUCGACGUGAAGCUCGUCGAGAUCUACGAGGAUCUCGCUAGCGAGAAAGACGAAAUCCGUCUGCGUGCUGCGCAGGGCCUCGUCUCGCAGUUCACUCCCGAUAAGAACCCGACCGAUGAGCAGAUCAAGAAGACGCUCCAGCGACUGUUCCGCGGUCUCUGCAGUAGCCGCAAGGCUGCUCGCAUUGGAUUCUCCAUUGCGCUGACCGAGGUCUUGACUCAGAUCUUCUCGGCCCCGAGGGAAUUCGCUGAGUUUGGGAUUGCGGAUGCGCUGAAGAUUUGGGAGUCGCAGUCCAACUCUACUGGCAGUGAGACCGGGCAGGAACAACGCGAUCACCACUUUGGCCGCCUCUUCGGUGCUGAAGCAAUCAUCAAGUCCUCCAUCCUCUUCCAGCCCUCCACCCCGUUCACCGAAUGGACCAAGGUCCUCGAUCUCAUUUUCGAACUCGCCCAGAAGAAGCCAUGGCUGCGUGAGGAAUGCGGUUGGAUUAUUUACCGCUGUGUCUAUGAUCUCUCCGCGCGCAAGAUGGAUGCUAAGUUCGUUGAGGCUGCCGUGGAGCGUCUUUGCUCCCAUGACUUGGCCCGCUCUCCGGAGGGUGUGGCUGUCUGGUUGGCUGCCAAGGACAUGUUCCCCAAGGCCGAGUUCCCUAGCAAGGUCUGGAAGCACGAUGAUCCGUUGGAUCCGAAGGAGCGCGGUAGUUUGUCCAAGAUUAUGAAGGAGUCAUCUGCUGAGCAGACCGAAGGCGAGAACAAGGGAAACAAGUCCUCUGGAGUGUGGAACUCGAAGCUUCAUUUCGCCUGGGAUGCAGUUAUCUCUCGUACUAGCGAUGUGACCAAGGAUGGUAGCAAGUCCAAGUCCAAGUCUGCACGUCUCAGUUUCGUUGAUUUCUGGACCGAGGUUGUCGACAAUGGCUUGUUUGCCUCUUCUUCCUCGGACGAGCGCAAGUACUGGGGUUUCCUCCUCUUCAACAAAGUCCUGAACGAGGGCUCGCCCCAGCAGGCGAACCAGAUCUUCACAAAGAACCUUGUCCGAUGCCUGACGAAUCAGCUCGCCGUGGAGGACCGUUACUUGCACCGCAUGGCCGUCAAGGCCACCAAGGCCGUCCAGACUCGCGUGUCCAAGGAGCCCGGUUUCGCAUCCGCCGCAGUCCAUGGUCUGAUGGGAACCAGCGGAAUCGUCAACUUCGAUCAAGCCACCAAGACCAAGACCAUUGAGAAGAUUGUUGCCGAUGCCAACAGCGAUGCUCUGGAGGAGAUUAUCCCCGUGUUCGAGAAACUCAUUCUGAACCCGGGCACUACCGACGAGAAAGCCGCUGCCUCGAACCGCCAGUUCGUUGCCGGUCUUUUGUUGUCGAUUGUGCGUGCAAAGGCCACCACUGGAAAUGAUGACUCCGAAGAGAACUACCAGACUGUUCUCGAGCAGAUUCUUUUCAUCUUCGUGCGCUUUGCGUACUUUAUGGACAGUGCACCGGAGCCUGCAUUGUCGCAAGCGACCCAGGAGCUGUUGCGCAACCGUAUCAAUUCUUCCCUGAACAGCCUGCUUGCAUCUCAGAAGUACGCUGCCACGAUCCCGUAUGCUGUCGUGCGCCAGAUUCGCGACGGUGCAAAGUCGCAGGAGCACGGCAAGUUUAUCAUCAACAUGGAUGAUAAGCUGCAGGAUUCGGUGAAGAUUGCAUUCAAGUCAUUGAAGAAGCUGUCUAGCAAGGAGAAGAAGGGGGAGACUUCUAGCAUUGCUGCUUUCAAGCUUCUUUACUCUUUGACUGUCUUGCAGGUGUACAGUGGUGAUGCCGACGCUGUCUCUAUGCUCGACGAGUUGGAGUUCUGCUAUACCAAGUUCUUGGGUGAUGAUUCAAAGUCCAAGGAUACUUCCGAUGCCUCUGAUGCCCUGGUCGAGAUUCUUCUCAGCUUUGCCUCUAAGCAGUCUCAGCUGUUCCGCCGCAUGAGCGAGCAGGUCUUUGGUGCUUUUGCUGACCAGGUCACCGAGAACGGCCUGGAGUCAUUGAUCUCGAUUCUCGAAGCCAAGGAGAGUCUUGCUGGUCAGCAGGAGAUGUUCGAAGAGCAGGAUGAUGAUGACGAGGAGGAGGAAGACGAUGAGGAAGAGGACGACGUUGAGAUGAUCGACGUCGAUGACGAGGACAGCGACGUCGAAGUCGUCCUCGGCGGAGGCGCCUCCGACUCGGAGUCAGACUCAGACGAAGAAGAGGACGAUGACAACGAAGAAGACGCCGCUGAAAUAGCCGAAUUCGAAGCCAAACUCGCCGCCGCGCUGGGCACCCACCGCGCUAAGCAAGACGACGCCUCAGACUCGGACUCGGACGCCGACAUGAACGACGACGAAAUGGAAGAAGUUGACGAGAAACUCGCCAACGUCUUCCGCGCACGCCACCAAGCCGCCUCCCAACACAAGGACAAGAAAGACGCCCGCGAGAACAUGGUCAACUUCAAAAACCGCGUCCUCGACCUCCUGGAGAUCUUCGUCAAGAAAUGCCACUCCCGCCUCCUGGCCUUGGACCUCCUCCUCCCCCCCUCCUCAGACUCACCCGCCGCUCGACCCGUCCUCCGCGAGUACACCAAGCUGUGCAAGGGUAACGCGCUUCCCAGCAUUGAUGCCGAGGAUGGCCCUGAAGCUAUUUGGGAACUCUUGCGCGCUAUUCACAAGGAAGCUAGUCAUAGUGGACCGUCCGCGCAUGCCACGGCUUGUAGCCAAGCUUCGUUGCUUGUGGUUAAGGUUCUGGUUGGACAUGAUAAGGCUGCGAUCGCGGAGGUUGUGGAUGUUUAUGCUGAGACUCGCAAGGCGCAGUUGAUUAGCUCUAAGUGCCAUAUCCAGCCGUCUUUCUUUACGGAUUGGAAUAACUGGUGUGUGUCUGUGAGCAAGCAGUUGAAGAACUAG